GAGGUCACGUGGCGCGGGCGCCGGCCAAUGAGGGGCCGGAGGCGGGGCGUGGGCCGCUGACGCGUCCACCCCAGCGCGAGGAGCCAGAGUCCGAGCCGUAGCUGCCGCCGACUCGCGGAGCCCGGGAGCCGGAGGACGAGAGCGGGACCCGGACCCGGAGCCGGACCCGGAGCCGAACCGGAGCCAGAACGCGAGCCUCACUUCCCUCCCCUUCUCCCCCGCCCCCCUACCCCGGCCGGCUUGGCCACGUGACCUCCCGGGCGUCGGCGCGAGGCUCCCCCCCAGGUCCGCCGGGACGCGAUGUGGCCCCGCCGGGCGGCCGCGGGCUUCGCCGGGUCCUAGAGCCCGCCGCGCUCGGGCCCCUCCGGGAGACGGGCCGACCCCGAGAUGGGAGUGAACGCGGUGCACUGGUUCCGGAAGGGGCUGCGGCUCCACGACAACCCCGCGCUCAAGGAGUGCAUCGAGGGCGCCGACACCGUGCGCUGCGUCUACAUCCUGGACCCCUGGUUCGCGGGCUCCUCCAACGUGGGCAUCAACAGGUGGAGAUUUCUGCUACAGUGUCUUGAGGAUCUUGAUGCCAAUCUAAGAAAAUUAAAUUCUCGUUUGUUUGUAAUUCGUGGCCAGCCAGCAGAUGUGUUUCCUCGACUUUUCAAGGAAUGGAACAUUGCUAAGCUUUCCAUCGAAUAUGAUUCUGAACCCUUUGGGAAGGAACGAGAUGCAGCUAUUAAGAAACUGGCCAGUGAGGCAGGGGUGGAAGUCAUCGUACGGAUUUCACACACUCUGUAUGACCUUGACAAGAUCAUAGAAUUGAAUGGUGGACAACCACCUCUGACGUAUAAAAGGUUCCAAACUCUGAUCAGCAAAAUGGAGCCAUUAGCAACGCCAGUAGAGACGAUAACACCUGAAGUGAUGCUCAAGUGUGUUACUCCCCUCUCAGAUGAACAUGAUGAAAAAUAUGGCGUUCCCUCACUGGAAGAGCUAGGUUUUGAUACUGAUGGCUUACCUUCUGCCGUGUGGCCGGGGGGGGAGACGGAAGCCCUCACGCGCUUGGAGAGGCAUCUGGAAAGAAAAGCUUGGGUGGCCAAUUUUGAAAGGCCAAGAAUGAAUGCGAAUUCCCUUCUCGCGAGCCCUACCGGCCUCAGCCCUUACCUGCGCUUCGGCUGUCUGUCGUGUCGGCUGUUCUACUUCAAGCUGACGGACCUUUACAAGAAGGUAAAGAAGAACAGCUCGCCUCCCCUCUCUCUCUACGGGCAGCUCUUGUGGCGCGAAUUUUUCUACACGGCAGCCACAAACAACCCACGCUUUGAUAAAAUGGAAGGAAACCCCAUCUGUGUUCAGAUUCCCUGGGAUCGAAACCCCGAGGCGCUGGCCAAGUGGGCCGAAGGCAGGACGGGCUUCCCGUGGAUCGACGCCAUCAUGACCCAGCUGCGUCAGGAGGGCUGGAUUCACCAUUUGGCCAGACACGCGGUCGCCUGCUUCCUGACCCGAGGGGACCUGUGGAUCAGCUGGGAGGAAGGCAUGAAGGUCUUUGAAGAGCUGCUGCUUGAUGCUGACUGGAGCAUCAACGCGGGGAGCUGGAUGUGGCUGUCCUGUAGCUCCUUUUUCCAGCAGUUUUUCCACUGCUACUGUCCUGUCGGCUUUGGUAGGAGAACCGAUCCCAAUGGAGACUAUAUCAGACGCUACCUGCCUGUCCUGAGAGGCUUCCCUGCGAAAUAUAUCUAUGAUCCCUGGAACGCGCCAGAAGGUAUCCAGAAGGUGGCAAAGUGCUUGAUAGGCGUCAACUACCCUAAACCGAUGGUAAAUCAUGCCGAGGCGAGUCGUCUGAACAUCGAGAGGAUGAAGCAGAUCUAUCAGCAGCUGUCACGCUAUCGAGGACUGGGCCUUCUUGCUUCUGUGCCCUCCAACCCGAAUGGGAAUGGGGGCCUCAUGGGCUACACAUCUGGAGAAAACGGUCCUGCUUGUAACAGUGGCGGAGGAGCCCCAGUGGGUGCCAGCGACGGUCAGAUACUUCAAUCCUGUGCCCUCCCAGAGCCCCCUGCAGGAGCCAGCUGCAUUCAGCAAUCAGGUUACUCUCAGGGGAGUGGGAUUUCACAUUAUUCUCAUGAAGACAGUCAGCAGGCUUACAUAUUAAAGCAAGGAAGAAGCUCCCUCAGUGGCGGGAAGCGGCCUAGGCAAGAAGAAGAGACUCAAAGCGUUGGCCCCAAAGUGCAGCGACAGAGCGUGAACUAGGAGUCUCUGCCCUAGGACCUCGUCUCUUCUCCUGGUGUGGGGAAAAAAAACAACAAAAUAGACCCACAGACUUGUUACUGUGCCUCCACGAAAGGGCAGAGUCACAGACUGAAUCACGGAAUUGGAGAGGAGAGUGUAUGGUCUGAUGUUGGACGAAGCAGGGAGCUUGCGGGCCCUAACUUUCUGGCGAAAGUAAAUGUCGAAACGAUGAUCAAACAUCCCAUUUCCCUGACUGUGUGACUAUGUAAAACGGCAGGGCUUCUAGCUCUAGGUGGUUGUCACAGGCUCCCAUCUAGAAGCACUUGCCCUCACCUUCGGUUUUUUUCUAGAUUGCUUCAUUCAUUCCACCACUUUAGAGGCAGAGGUCCAUUCAGGUUUGGAAAUGAAUGGGGCUGGGCAAGGAGGUGGGGUACGGCCUUUGUCUGAACAGCAGAGUCCGCCACCCCAUGUCCUGCCCCAAAGCUGCCUUCCCCCAUGCCCUUUCUCUGAGGCUCCAAGGGGAGUUCAGGUGACUUGAAGAGGCUGGGUAGACUUCUUGUAGCCAACAUGUACUUAAUUAUGUACGAUUUGAAGCUAGCUCAGAAGUGCACCGGACUCCUUGAAUUUGGUCUCUAAAGCCAAAAGCUUUCUUUCCUUUCUCCCGGCCCCCGGAACUGUCAUUGAUCUUGUCACUUUUAUUUGGUGUCAAGCAGCUUCUUAAGUCUUGCUGUUCUAAUUGAGUUUUCCUCUCGUGGCUUCUUUAUUCAAAUGGAUUUUAUAAGCCCUCUUGAGGGAAGGGUGAUUGCUCAGAUUUUGUAGUUGCUGCAAGACCUCGCCAGCAGAGGGCCCAGGUGAUAGUUGGAGAUGAACAGGAAAUAUUAAUAUCUCUGAUGGAUUUCUCGUAAUCAGAAUUUUUCCUUUGUGGUUUUGUUCCCCUCCAUUCAGAAAGAAAUGCUGUUGCAGUGAAAUUGGAGUCGAAAGUAAUAUCCCCUUUCAAUAAAUUAUUUCAAAAUGUUCUUUCCUGAUGGAAACCAGUUACAUUUUUGAGAUGCGUUAUUUCUAAUGGCAUUUCUAUGAUUUUUAAGUUUUUAUUGAAUUUCACAAAGGACAAACGGUAAUUUGUAUAUAAAGUACUUGGUAAUGAAAUUGUUUAAUGUAAAUAGAAAAUAUUCAUGAUUAGUGCUAGACUUCUCAAUAUAUUUUUGAUAAUCUUUCGUGUGUGGAAAAAGUCAAAGCUGUAACUGCUGUAAAAUUGAGAGUUUCCAGCAGACGUGGGGAAAAACAUGAAGAUGUUCUGAUUUUCUGAUACGAUUUUGUUAACAUUUUGAGGCACAUUUUUCUUGACCUCAUUGUACGAUCCAACUUUGCAUACUUUGAUAAUAUAAAAUUUAGAAAAUGUAUGUAACCAUAGUCGUUGGGUAGAGCGCUUCCAAACAUAGCUGUGUCUCUUUGAAAACUUCAUGGGCUCUGGUAUGUAGCCAUACUUGUGUGAAACAUCAUUUAUAUGUCCCCUUUCCCUUAAUAUCUCUAUUUUUUGUUUACCGCUCAAGUGGCCUUGUCAAUAAAGUGUAAAUACAAAG